GUGCAACAAGAAAGCAACCUGCUUAAAUCCCAGCAGGAACUACUAGGAAGGGUUUGCUGGCUCCAGGAUGGAGGGCUUCCUGUCCACGUUUCCACCCCACAAUGUGUGCUCUGAGGGCGGCUGGGGAAAGAGAGAGGGCCGCUUCAUGACCCCCCAGGGCCUCAACAUGACCCCCCAGGGUCUCAACUACCUGGAGCUCUGCAGGGCCAUCAUCCUGGCCCAGGUCAGCCCAGCUUUACCUCAUCUUCCUCCUCUGAAGAGAGCCAACACCAGAGAGUGCGGCGUGCAGGUCAACGCCAAAGUGGAUAAAGUCGUGCAGUGCUCGCUGGGUCCCAAAACGCUCUUCUGCUCGGACUGCGACCAACAGAAAGUGUCCUCGAAGUCCCCGGAGAAGGACAACACGUCGGUGGUGAGCCAGCUGCGCUUCCUGAGGCCAGUUUCCAUCUACUCGCCGGUGUUUGACCGCAGGCUCUUCAUGAAGAAACUCUGCCAUGAGGAUGGAAGUGAAGGAGAAGCUGAACAAGAAGCCGAACAAGCCGAGUCUGACAGGGAUGAUGAUGAGACGGAUCACAGUGAGGAGGAGGAGGAGGAGGAGGAAGCUGAGGAGGAGGACACAGUGAAGGACUUCAAGACCACUUUCAACAAGUCUACAAAGGGCUCCAACUUUCAGUUCCUGGAGCAGAGGUAUGGCUUUUUCCACUGCAAAAAGUGCAACGUCCGGUGGGAGAGUGCUUAUGUUUGGUGCAUCUCUGGAACCAGUAAGGUGUACUACAAGCAGCUCUGCCGGAAGUGUCAGGUGGGGUUUAACCCCUACAGAGUGGAGUCCAUCCUCUGCAAGGGCUGCUCUCAGACCUGCUGCAGCUGUGAGAAGAAGCAGAGGCACAUUAACAUGAAGAGGCCUCACCGCCAGGACCUGUGUUGUCGCUGCAAGGGCAUGAGGCUGUCAUGCGACGCCACCUACAGCUUCAAAUACAUCGUCUGAGCCCUGGUCGCUCUGGUCUGGAAUCUCCCGUUCCUCAGCAGACGUCUAGUACCCGAACACGUCACAAAUGGAAGUUGCCUCCAGUAACGACGACUUGAAGAGA